AUGUUGCCUCCCUCAGACUCCUUGCGACACCACCUAAAUAAGCUCGCUGAAGUCCGGGCUAAUCGCAAUACUUCUUCUUCUAUGUCUACUUCCACACCUACCUCUACUUCCACCCCAGGCACUGCCCCACCUCCAUACACUUUAUCUGUUAUCAGACCCAGUGGCACAACCGUCAUGAAUAUCGACCAGAAUGACAUGGAUGACCCUUGGGCGUCCCCAAUCAAUGUUCACAUCGACAGCUCAAUCACCGUUACUGGUGAUGAGAACACCGUCAUUAAGUCGUCUUCUGGGGCUGACUCUCAGCCUGAUCCAACUCACCAGGAUGCCCAGGGAUCUCCUCGCCUGAGCUCCAUCGCGGCUGUCAUCAUCGCUUCGCUGAACCGCGCAAAUGCCCUUCAUGAUGACAUGGGUUACCCCCGACCCAUCAACGUUCGCGCUCUCACGGGGAUUCGGGUGAAUGGCCGAAAUAACAACAUUUGCGUGGGAGGCGAGGUCCACAAGGCUCAGAAUGAGACUGCGACUGCCAACGACAGCGCUGAAGAAAGCAAUGGACGCAAGCGUCGCGCUAGCUCGGAGCCCGUGGAAGCUCCCUCAGCUCAACGACCCCGUUCUUCUUAA